UCGUUUGGUGGCCAUGGGAAAUCGACAGGUCGAAGGGUUAGAUUUUGAUGAGACAUUUGCUCCUGUUGUGAAAAUGACAACUAUUCGCGAGUUUCUUAAGAUUGCGGCUGUCAAAGGAUGGGAAGUACAUCAGAUGGAUGUUCAUAAUGCGUUUCUACAUGGGGAUCUUGAGGAAGAAGUUUAUAUGAGAUUACCUCCUGGCUUUGUUUCUCAAGAUAAAUCAAAAGUUUGUCGCCUUAAGAAAUCUUUAUAUGGUCUACGUCAAGCACCACAUUGUUGGUUUGCUAAGCUUGCAGCAGCACUAAAAGGGUAUGGGUUUGCUCAGCAGGUAGCCGAUUACUCUCUUUUUACCUUGGAGCGUGGAUCUAUGCAACUCUUUGUGUUGGUCUAUUUUGAUGAUUUGUUGAUUGGGGGAAAUGAUCUUAAUGGUGUUCAGGAGUUUAAGGGAUACCUUAGUGAAUGUUUUCAUAUGAAGGACUUGGGGGCUAUGAAAUAUUUUUUGGGCAUUGAAGUAUCUCGGUCUCAUGAUGGUUUUUACUUGUCGCAAAGGAAGUAUGCUUUGGAUAUUGUAAGUGAAUGUGGGUUGUUGGGAUGUCAACCAGUGUCUACUCCGCUUGAGCAAAACCAUAAGUUGCCGGAUGAUGAAGGAGAGUUCUAUGAGGAUGUCGAGAGGUAUAGGAGGCUUGUUAGGCGUUUGGUAUAUCUUACUUUUACCCGACCAGAUUUGUCCUAUGUUGUGCAUAUGUUGGCUCAAUUUAUGCAACAACCACGUACCAAGCAUUGGGCUGCAGUUAUACGGGUUGUCAGAUAUCUUAAAGGCUGUCCGGGUCAAGGUAUUGUGUUGAGUUCUGAUCCUGAUUUACAAUUGACAGCUUAUUGUGAUUCAGAUUUUUCUACAUGUUCCAUGUCUCGGAGAUCGGUUACAGGAUUUAUUGUUAUGUUGGGUGAUUCUCCGAUUGCUUGGAAGACAAAGAAACAAGAUGUGGUGUCAUUUUCUUCUGCAGAGGCUGAAUAUCGUGCAAUGAGUUUUACUACUCGAGAGUUGAAAUGGAAUCGUGAGCUUUUAGGAUGC